AUGAUGGAGGGUAUUAGAAGGCUUCGUGACAAAGUAGCUGGCCGGCAAAAUAAGCCCGACGAGCAGACACAGGAAGACUACGGCCUAUUUCUCCUCCACCCAGAACCUGGGUCAGCCGCAAUCGACAUCGAUAUCGUUGCCGUCCACGGUUUGGGCGGUCACUGGAAGGAUACAUGGACCGACGAUGCCGCAAGCAAGCUGUGGCUGCGGGACUUCGUCCCUGCGCAGUUUCCCGCCACUGCAUGUAGAAUAUGGUCCUUCGGAUACAACUCACGCUCGCUGAGUAACUCAGUGGAGGACAUUGACGAUGCGGCAACGUCUUUGAUCAACUCUCUGCACGAAGAGCGCCAACUCACCGGAUCGGGCACGAAACCGAUCAUCUUCAUCGCUCACAGUCUGGGCGGCAUCGUUGUCAAGCGCGCUUUGAUUCUGGCAAACGAACGUUCGGAUUACUGGAAAGAUGUUCGCGACAGCGCUUUCGGGGCGCUUUUCCUCGGUGUCCCCCAUCGCGGAGCAGACAAGGCAUACUGGGCAGCCUUGGCUGUGACGCUGGUCGAAGUGGCGACUUUCGGUCUCGCUGGCAACAAGAAAUUUGUCAAGGCGCUGAAGCGCAACUCCUCCGAGUUUUCAAAGAUAUCAACAGCCUUCAUCCAGCCAGGUUCCAAGUUGAAGAUGAUACGGUCGUUCUACGAGACGGUUCGAAUGGGCAACGAUGUCAUUGUUGACAAGGACUCGGCCACAAUUGGGACCAAUAAUGAGCUUUCCGUUGCAAUACAAGGUGCGGACCACCGACACAUGUGCAAGUUCGACUCGGACGAGAGUCAGAACGCUCGUGGUGGGACUACCGGAACAAGCCAUGCGUAUAUGCUGCGGUCAAUUCUUUACCAGCUUCUACAACAAGACUCGCGGCUUUACUCGGCGUACCAAUCCAAGUUCCGCCAGGUUCGCGGUCGCGAGUCUUUCACGUGGAGAUAUGAGGACCUCGCAGACAUUUUGUUGAAUCUUCAAGGUCUGGGACACGUGUACGAUAGCAAGGGAACAACAUUUCUCUUCAUUCUCGACGGGCUUGACGAGUCUGAUGAGGCCUCAAAGAAAGAGUCACUUCGGGUGUUUCCCAAGUUAUGCCAUCUAGGUGGCAAGAACAUUUUCAAGAUCAUCGCACUCAGCCGUCCCGAGCUCCCUAUUAAGAGGGCUAUCACACCAGAUUAUUCUAUCGACAUGAAGAAUGAAAACUACAACGACAUCGAGAUGAUUAUUCAAAAGAAGAUGGGCCCGAUUUGGCGACGUGUUCAGGGCGUGGACGAUUUGUCUAGCACCAAGUUUCACCAAACCACUAUCAAUGGAGAAGAUGACAGACUUGACUUUGUUCGACAGCAUCUUCUGAAGCACGCGGACGGAGUCAUACUAUGGGUAGCUCUAGUCCUGCAGAAACUUGACGACAUAUCCGAGUCCGCCUCGUGUACCGUAGCACACAUCAACCAGGCCCUUACCAAGAUGCCAACGAGUCUGAAAGGCUUCUAUCACGAGAUGUUCAAACGAGUCGAGGCAAAACCCACCGUCGAGCGACAAAGAGCCGAGUACAUAAUUUCAUGGCUUCUUUUAGCUAGGACAACGCUCAGGGUUUGCGAGAUGCGAGACGUAAUGGCCAUGUCUUAUUGGAAAGAGUCGUCAACACCUACUGAUGCGCAGCAAUACCUCGAUCUCAACCGCAUUUUCUCAUUUGGGGACGCAUGGAACCAGACCAGAUGGGCCCUACAUGAGGAGUGCUGUGGAUUCAUGGAAAUCGUGCCUAAGGAUGGCAUACCCAUUAACAAGCUACUGAACGAACGACCCAUCGACUCGCAAGACACAGUCCAGCUGAUUCAUCAGACUGCGCGGGAGUUCCUUUUAAGUACGGGCUCGUACUCGACCUCGCCCGAAACCUCCUUCGGUCUGGACAACAUCUGCUCGACAUGCGUCGAUUACUUGUCUCUGGUGUUCGACAAGCCACUGACUCACGGCGAAGAUGACUGCUCUCUGGAGAGCGUAGUUCUACAUUUGGCGGACAGGCCCCUUCUUGGCUACAUACUCAGCGUUUUUCCGGCUGUGUUCAACGAAUAUUGCGCCGGAGGGGGCCGGCUGGCUUCGUCUCUGCGCCAGAAGAUCGCUGCAUUUGCAGAUAAUGCCGAACAAAAUCGAUGGGUCUCAGUCACUUGGUGGCUCUUCAGGCCAUGGAUUCAAAAAGUCUUACCGCAGGCUUCACUCGACAGCGGCGGUGCCACCCUCCAGACCGGGCUCGACAGAACAGGCUCGCCAGGGCCAGCAAUUCCGUGUCCCCAAGAUGAGGAGACCUGA